AUGAGUGUCCCAGCAGUAGGCCAACGUCGGUCGUUUGAUGGUCACUUGAGUACUAUUCGCUAUGUGGGCACUGUUCAAGGGACCACAGGUGACUGGUUGGGUGUUGAAUGGGACGAUGCAAGUCGAGGCAAGCACUCAGGAGAGCAUAAAGGCAUCAGAUACUUCUCAUGCAAAAGCAAACAUCCCACGGCGGGGUCUUUCGUUCGCCCCUCCAGGCCUUCAGACCGACCCCUGAGCUUUCUAGAAGCCCUGCGGGAGAAGUAUGCUUCUGAGUCUGAGCAUAGCCUUGUCCAAAAUGCCUCGAUUAGUGGAGCAAUACUUCGAGGACAGCCAAUUGAGAUUAGCGGCAAAGUUGUUGAAGAAGUUGGCUUCGACAAAAUUCGGAAACAGCUCGCUGAGCUCCAAGAGUUACGCAUUGUGUUGCUUGAUGGCCUACGUAUUACCGGUGUCCUUGCUUCCUACGACCAGGAUCAAGACGGACACAGCGAGGCAGCGGCAAAGAUCGGAGAAACUUGUCCCAAAAUCACAGAACUUGAUCUCAGUCGAAGCCUGUUAAGCCGAUGGCGCGAUGUUUGGGAUAUUUGCAAUCAGCUCAAGCACUUAAAACGGCUGAGGUUAAACGGGAACCGGUUUCAAGCUUUGGAGGAUGACCUAGCCUUCAGGGGGAUCACUGAGCUACAUCUAGAAGAAACCCUGCUUACCUGGGAUGAAAUUGCUGCCAUUGCAUAUCGAUUCCCUGGCCUGACAUCUCUCACAGCAUCUGCAAACCAGCUCUCAGAGAUAACCUGUCCACUCCCUAACACCAUCACAACAUUAACCCUCGAGCACAAUGAGAUCACCUCAAUAUCAGCUCUUCGACAUCUCGCCGCACUUCCAAAACUGGAGCACCUCUCCGUUCGCGGGAACAACAUCAGCACCGUGAACCAAAACACCACAGAUACAUCCCUAGACUUCCAAUUCCCGCCAACUCUCCGCUCCCUCGAUAUAUCCCGAAACAAAAUCACCUCCUGGACCAUCCUCAACAAACUCCCUACAGUCUUCCCAGGCCUAACCACCCUCCGAAUCACCGCCAAUCCCCUCUUCGACCAAUCACCCCUCCCACCCUCCAUAACAGAAGCCUCCAAACCAAUGACCGUCGACGAAGCAUUCAUGCUAACCCUAUCUCGCUUCCCACCCACCCUCACCAUCCUAAACUAUAGCACCAUCUCACCACAAGACCGCUCAAAUGCAGAGAUGUACUACCUAUCUCUCAUCGGCAAAGAACUCUCCGCCACAACCGAAGCAGAAGAACCCGCCAUUCUAGCCACACACCCGCGGUACAGCGAACUGUGCGAGCUAUACGUCGAGCCGACUAUCACAAGAGCAAUUGUGUCGGAUUCAGGCGCGAGAGUCAUCCAUCCGCGGUCCGUAGCAGCGCGACUGGUCAAGAUGGCGUUCCGUCUGUCAGACGACGAAUCCAAGAUUCAUGUCAAGGAAAUUCCUGGCUCGUUUGAUACAUACCAGGUCAAGGCGCUGGUGUCGCGGCUUUUCGGACUACCGGCGUUUGGGUUCCGGCUAGUCUGGGAAACUGAUGAGUGGGAUCCUGUGGAGAAGGAAGCUGGAGAUGCGGCUGUUGAAUAUGAUGAGGAUAGUGAGGAUGAGGGUCGGCCUGUUAUUGGCUCUGGGGCUGAGACAACGGCUGACGGUCCUGAUAAGAGCCGGUUCAUGCGUAGGGAGGUAGAGCUGGUUGAUUCGACGAGAGAUGUUGGGUUCCUGUUUCAGAAUGAAGUUGGUGAGGUUAGGAUUCGGGUUGAGAUUCCUGAUUUUGCGCGACGGGGUGAUACUUCGAGUUGA